AUGUCUUUCGCUUCACAAAUCGCUGAUGCAAUCCUCUCUCGUGAUUCAUAUUUAGCAGCCUAUAAAUCUGACUUCGCCACUUUCUAUCAUUAUCGGGAACACUUACUUACAGAACUUCUUCGUCUUUAUCAACAUCGAUUAUUCCCCUCUCAGUUAGAUGCACUUCGAGAACGAUUCGAAGUAUCGUUACAAGAGGUGGUAAAUGCCACACCUAUUGAUGUAGAAAUACUUGAACGUGAUUACGAGCAUCAACCCGCCAUAACACUGGAAGAGCAACGUGAUUUUGUUCAACGUAAUCAUUUUGAACAGGCUUUUUCUAGACUACGAGAAAGUGUCCAAAGUGUAGUUAGAAGUACUACUAAAUUAAGUAGUCAUGGUUCUGUUUCAGCUCAUUUGUAA